AUGAGACCUGCUAUCGGAGUCCGGGUUAAUCGUUUGAUCGAUACAGCUGCAGUCUACCAAAAUGAAGAGGCCAUUGGAGAAGCAAUCAAGGAACUGAUCAGUGCAGGCAAAAUCAAGCGUGAGGAUCUGUUUCAUCACCACAAGGUAUGGAUCACACAUGAGCAUCCGGACGACACCGAAGGAGCAAUACGCGAAUCCCUUCGUAAACUCCAAAUGACAUAUGUGGACCUGUACCUGUCCCAUAUGCCGACUUGCUUCAAUCAUGACAUGUCGGCGCAAAAUAAAUCAGUGACAGUACAAGAUAUAUGGCGAGGGCUGGAAGGUGUCUAUAAGAAGGGAUUGACUAAAGCAAUCGGUGUGUCGAACUGGAACGGCGAACAAAUUGAACGUGUGCUCAAGACUGCUACCGUAGAGCUGCACCUUUACUGGCCUCAACAUGAACUUCACGAGAUCUGCAAGAAACAUAAUGUUUCACUCACUUCCUAUGCCACUCUGGGAUCACCUGGUCGAGCACAAUUCAUGCCAGACAAAUUCGGUUGGAAAGAGGCUCCGAAGGAUCUGGACGAUCCGAAUGUGAAGCAGUUGGCCAAGAAGUACUCGAAAACUCCGGCUCAGUUGUUUGACUUUUCGUUGACAAAAGAGGACAUCAAACUGCUGGAAUCAACAAAGCAUCGCCAGAGGCUUUUCACGGACGACUUGUAA